CGUCAUUUUGCCAACUUUCUCUGCUUCUCCAAACAGAAACACAGGACACAGAGAGAGCUCUAGCUUUCCUCUUCCUUUUGUGAAUGAAUAUUUUCAUUUUUGCAGAGCUUUCCCAGGUUUUGAUGAGGAAGAGCUUCUUGUUUAGUUACAGCGGAGGCGCAGAUGAUUGGUGGAAUGAGAUUGGUGGAUCAAAACAAUGGCAAAGUGGCCCAACGUACUAUAUCCUGUCUGCCUCUUAUGCCUUGGUCUCUCUUGUUGCUCUGGUACAGCUUGUGCGCAUUCAAUUAAGAGUGCCAGAAUAUGGGUGGACAAUACAAAAGGUUUUCCAUUUGAUGAACUUUCUAGUGAAUGGAUUGAGGGCUGUCCUAUUUGGUCUCUACAAGAGUGUUCUUCUUAUUAAGCCUAAGGCUCUUGAAAUGCUGCUUAUGGAUCUUCCGGGUCUUUUAUUUUUUUCCACGUAUACAUUACUUGUCUUAUUUUGGGCUGAGAUCUAUCACCAGGCAAGAAGCCUUCCGACCGAUAAACUUAGGCCUGCUUAUUAUAUUAUAAAUGGAUUUAUAUACUUCACACAGGUGUGCAUCUGGAUUUUCAUAAGAGUAAGCCGAAGUCCUGUUGCCGUAGAAGCUGCUAGAAUCUUCUUUUCAGUUAUUUCAUUCGGUACUGCUCUGGGAUUCUUGAUAUAUGGUGGAAGGUUGUUUAUCAUGCUGAGGCACUUCCCCAUUGAGUCAAGAGGCCGUCAAAAAAAGCUGGAGGAGGUUGGAUGGGUCACAGGCAUUUGCUGCACUUGUUUCUUGAUAAGAUGCUUGGUGCUCGCAGUUUCUGCAUUCGACAAAGAUGCAGAUGUCGAUGUCGUGAAUCAUCCUAUCCUAAACCUUAUUUAUUACAUGUUAGCGGAGAUUGUUCCAUCUGCUUUGGUGCUUUUCAUCCUGCGAAAGGUGCCGCCUAGGCGUGUUUCUGAUCAGUACCAACCCAUAAAAUGAAAGCUCUAUUCAUCUUUUGAGCCUAUGUUGAAACCGAAUUGUUAGAUGAUUCUGUGGUCUGCUCGAGUUGGAUUUCAUGUAUAUUCUUUACUUGGUAUUUUUUUGUAUAUUUUUCUUUUAACAAUGGGGACGGUAACUAUGGACGCUUUCUAGAAUAACAUUUCAAAAUUAUUGAACACACACUGCUUCAUUU